UUAUUACUGCUUAGACUUCAUCGUUCAUAAAGUGCAUCGGUCAGUUAUAAUUUUCCAAAUGACGAAAUAGCUUCGACGAACGGCGAUGAUCGUAAGAACGACGAUAUCAACUUUCGCAGAUAACAAAAAGACUGCAGGAAUCGUCAAUUGUGCACCUUAUCUCUGUCAAUCUUUAAGACAGUAUUACAACCGUGAAAUAAAUUGAUUAAUUAUAACGGAUCGGGUCCCCCGAAAUCCUUGAAGGAAGAUAACCUUUUGAAGCACGGUUCGUCGAUGGCUUUCGUGAUACCGAGCUUUUCCAGAAACUUCGGAAGGCAUCGACGACUAACAACGCAGAUCGUCAAGUGGUUGACGUAAGAGACUUACUCCCUCCUACCGCAGCUACUAAUGAUAAAUCUGUCCCAAGUGUUCACUCACGUUUAUAACAUUGCUCCUAGUCUCGCGUUCGAGUCACUCGUAACGCAUACUCGUCACGAUGGUGUACAACCUGCUGGUGGUAGCCCUGGUGGUGAUCGGUUUGGUGAAGGCCAUCUGGGCGGUCUAUGAUCAAUGCACUUAUUGGAAGAGGCGAAGGGCGCCGCGUCUGCCGACGGCACCGAUGUUAGGGUCCGGAUGGCAGAUGUUCUUCCGUAAGAUGUCGAUACCGGAGUUCUCACAGUACCAGUACGAUUAUCGCAAGGACGUAAGGUACAUAGGGUCGAUGGAUUUCUUCACCCCGACCGUGGUCAUCCGUGACCCGGCGCUGAUCAGGGACCUAGGGAUCAAGUAUUUCGAGCACUUCACCGACCACCAGAACUUCGUCGACGAGGAGAUGGAUCCUAUUUUCGGGAAGAACGUAUUCUCGCUGCGUGGCGAACGCUGGAGAGAGAUGAGGAACACCUUGAGCCCGACCUUCACCGCCAGCAAGAUGCGGUUCAUGUUCGAGCUGGUGUCCAAGUGCUGCAAAGAAUUCACGGACUACUUGUACGACCAUCCGGAGCAGUUCACCACGAUCGAGGCGAAGGACAUCUUCACCAGGUACACCAACGACGUGAUCGCCACCGCGGCCUUCGGGAUCAGCGUGAACUCCCUGAAGAACCAGAACAACGAGUUCUAUCUGAAGGGAGUCGACGCCUCGAAUUUCGGCGGCUUCUUCAAGUUCAUCAAGUUCUUGAUGUUCCGCAUGAGCCCGCGGCUCACGAAAAUGAUGGGAUUGACGUUCUUCACCAAGGAUACCACCAAGUUCUUCUACAACGUGGUCUCCGAGACGGUGAGGACUCGGGACGAACAGAACAUAGUCAGGCCGGACAUGAUCCAUAUGCUGAUGCAGGCGCGCGACAAAGAUAAGCCGUCGACGCACCAGAUGACGAUCGACGACAUCGUCGCGCAGGCGUUCAUCUUCUUCCUGGCCGGCUUUGACACGGCCUCCACGUUGAUGUGCUACACCGUCUACGAGCUGGCCCUGAAUCCUGACAUCCAGGAGAGGCUGCGCGAGGAAGUCGACCGCUACAUGACCGAAGGCAACGGCGAGAUCUCUUACGAGGCCCUGACCAAGAUGGAGUACCUGGAGAUGGUGACGUCCGAGGCGCUCAGAAAGUAUCCCCCCGUGCCCUUCAUAGACAGAUCGUGCGUCCAGAAGUUCGAGUUGUCUCCGGCCGCGCCCGGCUACGAUAGUAUCACUAUUAAGCCAGGCGAUGUACUCGGGUUCCCUGUUUACGGAAUGCAUCACGACCCGAAAUACUUCCCGGAGCCCGAGAAGUUCGAUCCCGAACGAUUCAACGAACAGAACAAGGACAAGAUCGAUCCUUACGUGUACCUGCCCUUCGGGAUCGGCCCGCGGAAAUGCAUCGGCAAUCGGUUCGCUCUGAUGGAGGCCAAGCUUCUGACCGCCAAUCUGCUGCACAGGUUCUAUCUGAAACGCAUCGCGAAGACCACGGUACCGAUCGUUUACAGCAAAAAGAACUUCUCGAUGAACCCUGAACACGGUUUCUGGAUCGGUCUGGAAAAGAGAGAGCGUUAGUUAGUUUUACCGAGAAUUUUGAGAGUACUGAUUGAUUAUAUUCGGAAUAACAUGGUGGUUCAAGGGUU